ACGGGCUCACUUCCCCCACUCUUCCUGCCAGCCUCAUGGCUGGAGGAGUAUUGACCUGAGAUGAUGGCUCCUUCAUAACCCCAGCCAUGGGGUAAUUUAAGGGAUUGCAGACCUGGGAGAUUUGAACCUCUAUCUCCAAACAUGGGCUCUCAUUGUAGUAAGGGGGAUGGUUGCUGUGAAAUCACAAUUGAUGAAAUCUACAUGAUCAGGGAGCUACCAGUGUCAGCAACAACAAAGGAACUAAAACAGAAAAAAAAGCCAAUUCUUCCACCCUCUUCCAAGCCUUCAUCUAACAAAGUACUGAAGGCCAGAAAGAUCCAGGCCUGGUGGCGAGGCACCCUGGUGCGGCGCACGCUGCUGACGGCUGCCCUCAAUGCUUGGAUCAUUCAGUGCUGGUGGAGACACACACUGGCCAGAAUGCUGGAGAAGAGACGGCUGACUGUCCUGCGCUGGAUGGCACAAGAAACGAGAGCCUGUGUCACUAUUCAGUCCUGGGUCCGAAUGCUGCAGGUCCGCCAGGGGUACCGCCGCUUGCGUUACGCCACCCACAUCAUCCAGGUGUCAUGGCGCUGGUAUAACUGCCAUACCCGUGGCUUUUUUGAGGGCACCUAUGAAAUCACAGGGGACAAACUAAGUCUGCGGCUUGACAUCUUUCUGGGAUCACAGGUUUGUCGUAUAUCAGACUGCAUAUCCUUGCCAAUAAAGAACUGAUCAGGUCUUCUAA